ACAUGUGCAGCUGAGAUCAUAAAAUAAGGAAUAACAUGACUGAUUGGUCAUUGUUACCAACACCAUCUUGUUAAUGCAGAUAUCAUAGUGUUUAUUGGACUUACAAUUAUAAAUGUGGGCACAUGAUCUGAUUUCAUAUACUGAACGUGCACAAGAUAAACGCAUUUCAUUAGAUGAUCUGGUUGUUAAUUGGUUGCAUGGGAGGACGCAUCAUGUCAAAAUGAAAAAACAGUGAAAUCGUGCACAAAAUGAAAUAACCUGUUGUGUUUACAUUGACAAAAAGCAAAGUAGUCCACUCCCAGUUAUAUCAAGAGAGUAAUUUAGAAGUCCCAAGGUGCCUUUUAAAGUAGGCUACGUGUCUCUACAACUAGGUUACAGCACGAAGCGUGUGUCUAUCUGGUCGAAGUUUUCCUCUCCGUAGCCUAAUUCCCCCCCUCCACACUUUUUCCUCCCUCUUUCUUUCCUCCUGCCACUCUCCCUCCCUCCGCGUUUCCUAUCCAUCCUUGCGUCAUUGUUUUGAAUGGAGCAUCCUCCCGAGUUGCAUUACCUCCAGUCGGAGGAGAAAGGGGGGGGCGGUGGGGGGCUUGUGGAGGCGUGUGCUGCUCCGUCCAAUCAGAGCCCGCCUUAGCCGCCGGACCGCACAUGUUUACAGGCAGCAUUCCGCCGGUAGAGGCUCUGCUCGGUCGGAGGCUGCGGCGGACUGGACCUCGCAGGAACCGGAUCCGGAGUCACACGGCGGUCGUAUUUUGAACCGCGUCCGGCCUCUGCUGCUAACAUUGACGCGCAGACAGUCCCUCGGAGUGAAACAACUCGACGCGUUUGCCUCAUUUGCUCAACGUCCGCGAGGUUUCUCCGUAAACAGGCCGCCAUUUUGUUUAAUCGUGUACAAAUGUCACGUCGGUUCCUGACCGGGGAGAUUAGUCCGUGUUUUCCCGGCGUCCGCUCCCCUCUCAGGGAGCAGUGGGGAAAACAAACAGGUCGACCGGAGGAAGCUCGGUAGCCGGUUGGAUGUGGACGUUGUUUAGCGGCGAAUGAAUCGUUUUCGGCGGUGAAGCCCGUCGCCCGGUGCUAAUUCAAAGUUCCCCCCUCCAGUUUUUCGGUGCUUUUUUAGUGCGGUGCAUUCAGGACGCGGUCCGGAGUUGUCGUCCUCCGAGUAUGUUGCCGCUUUCUAACAUUUUGUCAGGGCUGUUGGAGCGCGUAGUCUACCCGCUGCGGUUUUGUGUUUUUCUCGACGUUGUUUACCGGUUAUAAUUCGACGCUUAAUGGUUUAAUUCCGCCGGCUCGCCUGCUCCAGAUAAAGCGAGACACUUUUGUUGUUUUUUGUUUUGCUUUUUUUUAUUUUUGUUUUCUUAUUAUAAAAAAAAAGAGACAUGCAUACGAGGCGUCUGGUGAAGCGGUCCAUCCUCGGCAGCCGCGUUUAUGCGCCGAGUCCGACGGGGGACGGUGCCCCGGUGACAGGAGUGGUCCAGGCUGUCAAGCAGGAAAACAGAGACGUGUCGGCCGCGGGAGCCCGACGCAGCGUUUACACGGUGCUCAUGCAGGACGGCAGCCUCAAGGAGUUCUCCGAGGAGGAGAUAGCCGCUGGCUUCAACCACACUGCAGCCAAAGGACCGCUCAAGUCCAGCCUGAAGAGCUCGAGUAACGGAGCUCCAGACAUCCAGAAGAUGGACGGUGGCUGCCUGAGCCCAGAAGCAGUGGAGGAGCAGCGGUUGGCGGAUGGAAAGCGCGUUAGCCGGGACCCCGACACCCGAUCUGUGUCUCUGCUCGAGCAGAAACGCAAAGUGGUCUCCUCCAGCAUCGAUGUCCCUCAUGCAAGACGGUCAGAGGAGGAAGUGGACAUGGACAAGGUGACGGCUGCCAUGGUGCUGACAAGUCUCUCAACAAGUCCGCUUGUUAGGAGCCCACCUGUCAAAGUCAACGAGGGUCUGAGUGGUUCGUGGAAGGACAACGGCUCAGCGGGACCCUUCACCCCGUCUAGCAACAGCUCCUCGGGGGGCUACUGGAGCUGGUCUGCUCCCAGUGACCAGUCCAACCCUUCCACGCCGUCGCCGCCGCUCUCCGCCGACAGCUUCAAGCCCUUCCGUGUUCCCAGCCUGGGCGGCGUUGGGCCCGGCCCCGCGGGGCCCGAGGACCCCAGCCUGGACGAGCAGGACGGCAGCAGCCUGCUCUUCGACGAGCCCAUCCCUCGCAAGCGCAAGAACUCCAUGAAGGUGAUGUUCAAGUGCCUGUGGAAGAAUUGUGGCAAGGUGCUGAGUACCGCUGCUGGCAUUCAGAGACACAUCCGCACCAUCCACCUGGGGCGUAACUGUGACUCAGACUGCAGUGACGGCGAGGAGGAUUUCUACUACACGGAGAUCAAGCUGAACACAGACUCGGUGGCUGACGGGCUGAGCAGCCUGUCCCCCGUGUCACCUUCCGUCGUCUCUCCCCCUCCUCCUCCGCCGUCUCCUCUCCCUCCCCUCAGCCAGCUGCCAGACUCCCACAGAGCCCUCCAGUCCUCUGACACCAAGGAGCCUCACGCCGGCGGCACCACCCCGCUCAGCCGCUCUGCGCCCAGCGCCCUCUACCUCAUCCACACGGACCAUGCCUACCAGGCCACAGCUCCAGUGUCCAUCCCGUCCAGCAACAGCAACUCAGCCGGCUCAGCCUCAACCAGCUUCACUCCAACCAACAGCUCCAGUUUUAGCAUCUCCUGGCAGUCUCCUCCCGUCACUUUCACCGGGAACAUGGUGUCUCCCAGUAAAAGCCAGGGAUUUGGUGAACAGCGUUCUCAGACCAUCGCCGUGCUGUCGUCCCCCCCCAGAGCCACCACUGCCCUCAGUCGGAAGGUGCGUGGCGAGGGGAAGAAGUGUCGCAAGGUGUACGGGAUGGAGAACCGCGACAUGUGGUGCACCGCCUGCCGCUGGAAAAAGGCCUGUCAGAGAUUCACCGACUGAUCGUACCCGUCCCAGCGCAACAGCCCGCCACACAAGCAGCUUUUCUUUUUUUUUUCCCCAGAGGAACGAGGGGGGGAGGAGGCGCAUCGUUUUGCAUGCAUUUGGUUUUUCUUCAGCUCAAAGUCGCAAAACUGUCCGUCAAGCUCUGGCUCUGCCCCUGCUUCUUUCCCCCACAACCACUCCAGUCCACUGAAUAAUUCCAGCUGUGGAAGCAACUGAAGGACGGCAGAGUCACCUUUUACAUUCCGUCCAGGAUUCCCAGUACUGCCUCACCGUUCCCUUCAUUCCCAGUUUGGGGAAACCCCAGUGCAGCUAAACUGUGUAAAGAAAAAGGAAAAAAAAAAAAAAAGAUCUAAAGAGCUCUGCAUUUUUUUUUUUUAUGUUGGAUUCAGUGUUGCAUCUUUCUAUGUUUUGUACAGCUCUGGUUUUUAGUCAAAGAAGGGGUCCAGAAGAAAAGGCCAAAAGCUUUUUUUGUGUGUGUUUCCUCAGAAGAUUUAAAAACAACAAACAAAAAACAACAUUUUUUUAUCCAAAAGAAGAAUGGACCUCUCGCUGAAGUGUCUGAAGACGUCACGAGGAAGCACGGAGGCUGGCCGUUUUUGUUCUUCCUUCAACUCGUUCGUCUGUUUGUUUUAUUCCUGGACUUUUUGAGGUGAUCUUUUAUCGCCGGUCCCUCGGCUCUCCCGACAGCCCCGAGGGAAUGUACGACGGAGCCGGGAAGGGCUGGUUGACAGGCAGAGAGGAGGAGGGGGGAGAGACGCACGAGGUGAUUGAUCAAUGCAAAAAAAAAAACAAAACCAGAUUUACAGUCAGGGAAAGCAGGUGGACCAUAGAGGUGAUUUACCACAUAAGCAGCAUCCACACAGACACAGACAUGCCCACACAAUCAAACAGAUUAUGUUUCAUUUCCUUUGUUUUAUCAGGGAUGUUAUUCUAAGGAAAGCAAAAACCAGCAGCUUAAACUGGGUUAUACUGUAUGCAGCGCUAUCACAACAACCGCUUCUUGUUCAUUACACAACUUUGCAACCAAAAACUCAUUUAUCUUGUUGUUUUUUUCUUCUUUUUGUAUGUUUUUGUUACGGUGCCAUGUCUAGUAUUGUUGAUGAUGAUGAAGGUUUUGUUUUUUUGUUUUUUGGGUGAAACCGAGGCCUACCUGCUAAACAAAGCGUUGUGUUAAAAAAAGACCUUCCUGACAGCACUGGAAGUCGGCGGCAUGUGACGCCACGAAACACCUUCGACCGCAUACAGAGAGACGACGACGACUCGCCCUCCUCCGGCUUUUACACCUUCCCAAAGGGAGCAGAAGAACUCGGUGUUUAGGUACGCCGGCAGCGGAGCAUCUUAUCGAUGUAUUAUUAACCAAAGGAGGAGGGCUGAAAACCAAAAGAGAGGCACUUGCACUGUAUGUGUGGAACGGAGUACUUGGUAUGGUUAGAUUUAGAGAGUUCUUCCACUAUGUCUAUCGAGUUCUAACUUAACUGCUUACUGUAGGAAAGAAAGAAAGAAAGAAAAUGUUGUAGCUACUCCCCCUUUAUGAGUCCUUCUUUGCACCAGGUGUUUUGGAGAAAAGUUUUAAGCACUUAAUCAGAUCACUCGUUUGUUGUCCGACGCGCACACUCCAAGGAAAGAGUCGACGAUAAAGUAAAAAGAAAAAAAAAAGAAGCGUAUCAGAUUCUGUGUUGUUUUGGAUUCCCAGCGUGAACCGACCCCUCUGUCACUAUGGUCUGUUAUUGGAAAACAAAUGUCUCUUCUUUUUUUUUUUUUUUUUUUACACCAGAAUUAUUCGACCAACACCAGCUAAUAAACUCACGCUCGCUUGUCUUUGUACACAGUACAUCUUCCGCUCAUGAAACUCAAAGCUCUUUUACAUUUGGGUUUGUUUUUUAAGUUUGUUCCUGUAUAUAUGUAGUUUUAGUAUCUUCUCUAAGUCCCUGUUUGUUUGUUUUUUUGUUUUUUUUGUUGUUUUUUUUAAAUGGCCGCUUAUGUCGGCCGCAGCGUCAGCCACCUUAAGAACGAGACAGGUUUGCGUGUGAUGAUGCGUGAGGAAACGGACCCUUCGGCCGUCUGUUGUGUUGAAAAUAGGUAUAGCCUUUAAAAAAAAAAAAAAAAGAUCUUUGUGCUUCUUCUCUGUCAUUACAUCGAUGUUUCAGUAAGAAAUAUUUAGAUCUCAGAAGCAGAUUUGCCAUUGUACUAUGUGAACAUAUUGUUUGAGAAAAGAUGAAUCUAUAUAAGAAAAACAUUUAAAUUCAAAGCAAAAAGAAAAAAAAAACAUUCAUUUGGCUCCUUUUUUUCAUAUAUAUACAUAUAUAUAUAUAUAUGAAUUUAUAUCCUGUUUAUGAGUUUUGUUUUCAUGUUCUGCUGAAGGAGAUUUUUUAAUUGUCAUCCCAAACUGAGCUCGUUACGCUCUGACCCGCGCGCUCUCGCCUGGAGCUCCUUCCCUCCGCGCUACCGGCGCCACUUAGGGGUCGAAAAAACCCGCUCUUGAUUAAAACCUUUAUCUUAUUUCCAAUUCUCCUCUGCCUGUGUCACGCAGGGGCCACUUGCAAUUAGUUUGACUGACAGCGUGUCUUGCGCCCGUGUGUGUUCUUGUGUGGGAACGUGAAGGAGCCCCGGGCGAAAGUGUGCGGGCUGCCACCGGAGCACGGCGCCCUCCCUUCUCCUCCUCUUCCGAGGCAUCGCUGUCGUUCCUCCAGAGGACUUACAUACCUUUAUAUAACGGCCUGCGGCGUUACCCUGCCAGGUCACGUGCAGGUCCGCCGAGAGGCUCCUGGCUAACCAGCGCCCCGAGGCCUCACCGGCUCAUUGUCUUUUGUCGCUCCACGCACUUCCUACUUUCUCCACCGCUGCGGUUCUUCACGUUUGGGUUCAGGCCUUUAUCUUCCACCCGUGGAUUCAGUUCGGGGUUCCGUCCAGAAACAAGUCCCCGACAGCGGCUCGGGUCGCUCAGAGGCGAUGGCGAGACUAAGUGGCAGCAUCUCCAGGCAGCUAAUUUCACAACAGGUUCUCUCUGGUUUCUUACUCUACGUCCACAGUGUUCAAAUCGAAAAAGAUUUGCAUAAAAAAAUAAGCUCACGUCACAUCCUCUGUUUACUGCCACGCCUCGGCGACCGGCCGUGGGGUUUGUUUGUGGACCGCGGCUUCGCCUGGACACGGCGGUCUCAUUCAUAAGACGGCCUUAGAACGGCGGCGCUCCCAGAAACACACUCGGCCCGGGGCGCGCCUUCACAGACCGUGCGUCGUUGUGGCGAGGGGACGGGGGGUUGGGGUGCCACCUUAAAACCCGCGCAGUGCUGUUUCUCCCAUGUGUCCUCUGAUCUUAUUCACUCCAUUUUGUACACACUGUUAUGCUGUAGAACAUGAAAAUAAAAACACCCUGCCUCAAGUCUCCCGAGUGUCCCGGCACCAAUCAGUGAGUGGGUCGCCCUAAAACUUUCCUUCUUCUUCUUCUUCUUCUUCGUCUUCUUCUUCUUCUUCUGUUCUUUUUGAUGUUUGCUUUGAUGUGGUGUACUUAUUCCUGGGAUUUCUUUAGACCUGUAGAUAAGAGGUUAAUGUGAUACCUGUAAUACACAAACUGAGUUGUAUUAAGCAUUGAAGUGCUGUCAGACCUUUAGAAGCUGUCACAUCUAAGUUCACGUCACAAAGUCUUCAUCAGUAGAUCGAGUUGAUCAGAACGUCAGUCGGGGAUAUUAAUCUAAAUUUGCAACUCUAAAUCACAUGUAAGUUGAGUAGUGAAUUAAACAUGAAGAAGGGCGCAUGAUUUAAUUUACCGCUCCGUGAAGACCAUGUGAUGGAGUCCAAAGCCCCAGAGGUGGAGUUAAACUACGAGCCAGGCUUUUUUUAUUUGACAAUGAAUAUCCAAUUUAGUUUUAAUCUUUCAUAUGAACCACUCCAUAAAAAGUCACCUCAAGGAGACGCGUUCCUCUCCAAAUCUGGCACAUUUGGGACUGCUCUGCCUCAGACACAUUUAAAUACUUAACCCCCCCCCCACCCCCACCCCAAACGAGCGCGCCGUGAGGAUGUUGGGGAAUUUGGAUCAUUUCAUUGUUUUCUUCAAAGCUGGCAGCCAAAGAGCACCGCGUUCAUCAGUUCCCUCCCAAAUUGACGGCUUAACGAUGCCAAACGAGCCAUAUGGAGGCAUCUGCCCCGAUCCGAUCGUAUGACUUAUUCAUAUUAAACCGAGCCCUGUAACCUGGAGGUGGGGGUGGGAUGGGUUGGGGGGGCUAAAACAACGUGAGCUCGGAGAUGGAGCCGCCGUUAACGAACAUGUGUUGGCACAGCAGAAUUAAAAGUGUGACAUCAAAGGCCCACAAUAGGCCGUCCUGUUGCUCCAGAGAGAGUGACAUGAAUAUUUACCAUGGUUUGCUUAGUUUUUUUUUUUUUUUUUGUUCCCUGGUUUGUUUACGCCGCUGCUGCCUAUUAAAGGGCUGUGAUUUAUAUGCAGAAUAAAACAAAGACGGCGUUAAUUCUGCUUACGGACGAUAUUAAAAAAUCAAGUCACGUGAGUUACGAGGGACCCCUUUGUGUGUGUGUGUGUGUGUGUGUGUGUGUGUGUCCUCGGUGCUCGGUGGUCCAGUUACUGAGCAGUGACGGAUUUAACUGGAGCUCCAGUGUUGACAGGUUUAUAAGGACUCCUGCUUUAUGCUCCUGAUCCUUGGCGAAAUCCAUAUUUCAUACGUGACAAGACUUGUUUGUGACAAGAGGCUCAACAACGCGUCCCCACGUACAGGACGAUAUGUGCUACAGUAUAAGCAGAUUACGCUGCAGUACGGUGUUUCUAAGCUACGCCUGUCUCGGUGUGUGUCGUUGGUGUGAUAUCUCUUAACUUUUAACACGUUUAUUCACACUGUCAGCGGGUCAAAGCGACGGGUUGUGCCUUUAGGAAGGAGCCCCCCCCUUACGCCCCCACUACUCCAGAUGUUAUCCCCUGUUAUCUCCACACAGACCCUCCUGUGUGUUCUCCAGAGCUCUCCGGAGUCAGAAGCCACGUGGAAAUGUCCUGAAGUGACUUGAGUUGAGUUUGUAGCAUUGCCUCGACUGACCCUGAGCGGGGAUGCGGAUCCACCGGCCCCAGCGGCUCGUUUCUAUGGCUCCCUCGCCGGCUGCCAGGUUCAUGUUGUCUCCGCUCGGUGUGCAGUGUUGUUAGUCAGUGAAUAGAGGAGGGCCCCUCCCUCCCUCUCCCCGCAUCCUUCAUUCAUUCAGGAAUGUGAACAAGGAGGAGGAGGGUGAAUAGAGGCUGAAACGGCUUCUGCAAACACAGAUUUUUUUUUUUUUUUUUUUGAGAGAAGAGAGGGGGGGAUUUAGUUUCGCGUUAGAAAAGUUGAAGUGUUUAAAGAGUCUGCUUUAUCUUUAGAAGGAAUAUAUGAGUCUUGAAUGUGCCUUUCUGAGAGCUUCUAGCCGCCGUCGCUACGUGACGCGGGGGAAGCUCUGGAGGUGUGUUGCUGUGAUAUGCAGGCCCACAGUGACGGUGAUGGAAUGUCUCUAGUGCUGGCUAGUCUGAGUUCUCCUUUCUGUACGUGUAACGCAAAGAUUUGUGAUACAAAGAAACGUCCUGUGAGCUGCGCUCGCUGGGGCCCCUUUAGGCCCCCACGUCUGCCCUGGAAAGAAGGCCUCGGAGUGACUUUUCUACUCUUUGCUGUGACUUGUAAACUAUUUUUCGAUCCAGACUUACCGUGUUUCCAUGUGUGUUUUUCUUGUCCGACGACUUCUCUCUCUUUUGCUUCUCUUUGCUUUCCCAAACGCGACUCCUCUCCCCACUUUGGGCAAGGGCUUGUAGAUAAGUGUACGUUCGUGGCUCUAGAGGCGUUUGGGAAACCAAAGGGAGCCCCGUUCAGCCAACUAACGGCGUGUGAAGCGGUCGGUGAGAUGAUCCAUUUUUAGCGCGGAGCUGCUAAGCGUUCUGCGUGAAGGUGUGUGAAUAUUAAUGUGGAGAAAGAAAUAAAAAAAAAAAAAAACACUUUCAUCGUCAGCCUUGAAUCUAUUAUUGGAUUUAAUCAUUCAGAAUAUAAAUAAUAUAAUUUCUGGAUACUUGUGCUCCGCAGCUCCUUCAGUUUUAACUUGAAUAUGCAACAGAGGGCGCUGACUGGGCCUCUCUUUAAACUGGAUCAUCUCAUUGGCUGUUUGAUCUCAUUACAAUCUUGUAGACCUCAAGAACUCGAUGACUGUCGCACUGGAUUUUUACACUCUUUUUUUCAAACCGUAUAUAAACUGCUCUGGUCUAACUGUAUUUUUAAUACUGCAUGUGCAUGUGAUUAAGGAAAUUACAGAAGACUUUAUAUAAAUGUGCUCUAUUUGUCCUGUGGCGGCCAUGAUGGGGAUUGAGAGCAGCCUCGGUGCACUUUUAUUUUACUCAAACUGCACGCUGGACAGCUUUCCAAAGUUCUGAUAGGAAAUCUAGACAAGUACCCGUGAUUCCCUGCUGGCACAGAACCGAUUUGUCACAGUUUGAGCGAGGGCUUCCGUUCCUGUUGUGUUUUUCCGCAGUCAGCCGGCCCCCGGUAGAGAGUGUGGCAGGACGCUUGUAGAGGACAGAUCACUGUGCACUAAACCGCCGCUGCCUGCAGUGGUGGGAACGGAGCCAGCGGGAGUUCUGGAGAAAUCUAAAGCGAGAAAUGUUCCUCCUCCUGCAUCCACCGCCCUCUGAUAGUCGAGCUGAAAACACACGCUCAGCUUUCAGAUGGAGGCUGCUUCCCGUCUGUGUGCGAUCGGAGGAGGCCGAACAUCAUGUGGUACUUGUCAAACUUUAAGAAACAACUCACAGUGUGACGCUUUAACUGGCCUGAGAGGUUUAACCGCAAGGCCACUAAACCCAGUGAUUAUUUAAAACAACAUUUCCUUGAGUGGUUAAAGUGUAUUUGUGCACACUGACUUGCUGCUCUCCGUCCUGACUUGGUUGAUACACUAUGUUGCAUUUUUUUUUUGUUUUUUUUUUAUUGCUCUUUGAAGCCUCUAAAUGUAAAUGUUUGAUACGUGUUUCCAGACUGUAAACUAAAUCGUAGAUGCAACGCAUUUUCCUUCUCCACACCAGUUCAGUGCAUCAGAUGACACACUUGGUUAGCGGUUGAUACUGAAUCUGACUUCAACAGGGACUAUUAUACGGUAUUUACUCUUUCAUGAACAGGGUCAAUUUAAAUGUGUGUUUUGGUGUCAUUGAUGGAGGAUCAUAAAGAAAUGGGGACGAUUUGCGAAAUACACUUAUUUGCUUUCUUGUGGAAAGUUAGCACUCUCACAACUGUAUGGUAUGAAGCAGCAUGUUAGCGCAGCUUAGCAUAAAGACAUUAAACAUGUUUCAAACUGUAGCCAAAGUCCUCCUUUCAACAUGUCUAACACAUGAAAACUCAAAUUACAAAGUCGGUUAUUUGAUCUGUACAAAAUCUAAGCUGCAAAACCAAGUUAGCUUGUGGUAGCCAGCUAGCAGAGACACCAGAAGGUUAAAAGGUCCAGGCAAAAAACAUUUUUACUAUUUUAUGGAUUAAACAAACCGCAUACUACAUGUAAAUUAACUUUAGAGCUGCUGCUAAGGAGACAGCGACGUAAACUCUUCCCCCGUUUUUCCACAGGCUUUAUGCUAAGCUAUCAGGCUAACUCCAUAUUUACCACACAGAUGCAAAGUAUGAAGCAACAGCUAUGAGCACGUUAGCUCGACGUAGCAUAAAGACAUUAGAAAACAGGGAAGUAACUAACUCAGCAUGCCAAGUGUGACAAAAUUCCUUCUUUGAAUUAAAAUUAGACAUAAGUCUUUAAUAUUGAGACUUAUUUGAGUGGAUUUGCACAACAACAGAAUGUAAAAAGAUGCUAGCUGAUGCUAGCGAGCUAAUGACUGCUGGAAGUUACUGGUCAGGGCUAAAAAAAAAUACUCACUUAAAUGUCAUUAUAUACUUUUACUGGAUGGACAAAUUCAAUAUGACAUGUUGAUAAAUUACCUUUGGGGCUGCUAAUAAACUGGACUCUUAUGCUAAGCUAAGCUGGGCUAACUUCCGUCUUUACCACACAGAUGUGAGUGUUGCAUCGUCUCGUGUCCCACAAAUACGACAAAUAAAUGUGUUUCCUGAGACAUAGGAAUCUGUAAAUUUUUCACCAGUUCAGAUAAAUAGCAGGCGUUGCCAUCAUCCAAGGGCCAACUAAAUAUUCUGCACUGCAAUGAUCCCUUACGUGUGUCUCAUCCAAUCAGCGUCAUUGACUUUCUGAUUCUAAAACCCUGCAUGUUUAAUUUUGCUGAAGGUUGUGGAAGUACUCUCCACGGAGCUCUGGUUUCUCAAACACCGUCAGCUCUAAUAAGAACACUUGUCUUAAAGCCUCUCUUUACUAUUCAGCUUGUUUUAGUUCCAUGUGGUGAAAAUAAUUCUGGGAAACUGUUUAAAAAUGUGGGAUGAUCUCCAGUAGGAGUCCCACAGGCCCACCGGGCCAUCAUAUGUUUUCAUGGAUGAUGCAUGAACGAAACAGUGUUUGUCGUUUCGCGCUGAAAAUACUGAAGAAAGGGAGGAAAUUAGGUCAGACAGUUUUGGGAGGAGCGGGUUGUUUCCAUAUCAGCUCUCUUCUUUGCCAAUCCGCCUUUCAAGCCACUGCAACAUUUAUAUCAGUCUGCAUCGGAUGUCAUGCGAGCGUUCAUUAGGAAAGAAUAUGCAACCAAACAUCCCGUCUUCGUCGCCCCGUCUUCUUUCGCUGCACUCGUUGCGUGACGCUGAUGUUACCAGGCCUUUCAGCACAUGCGCCGACACAUCAUGAGUGAAAGAGGUGUGAAAGCUGACCGUGUUAGAUGGUGUCAGCGGGGCGACAUGGGCCCUCGCUGCUCAGCAUAUGUCCCUGUGGCUUUGGGUCUCAUCCUGCGACGAUGUGAGCGGCUCUCUGAUGGAUGCGCGUCCAAAAAGGAGAUUCUAGCGUCAUUGUGUGUGUGCGUGCGUGCGUGUGUUUGCAGUGUAAGUCGAUGGAGUGCGUUUCCAAUGACCGCCCAAGGUAUGUCCCAUCUGCUCAAUGUAGCAUUUACACCUCCUCCUGUUUUUCUGUGUGUUUGUGUUGUGAAAGUGAACACACCAUCUCAGUGUGUGUGUAUAUAUGCACACCUCUACUCCCUACAAAGCCUGAUCAAGCCAUUCCUGCAGCCAUAUAAUGCACAUUUCAGUGUGCGACCUGUCAUACCUCAAGCUUUAUCAACUAGCACAUUAACAUAGCAUUAUGGACCCUCCCCGUCUCGCCCAAAAGCAUGUGCGAUUCAUUAUCAUAAACACUGCCAGAGCAUCGCCUUCCGUCGCAUCAACCGCGAACUUGAGGGAUGUUCGAGCUGAUGAUGCUAAACACAAGGUCACCUCCGCUGGUGUCCCGGUGACAAUUUACACUCGAUGUAGUGACUGCUGUGAUGUUUUUCCAGCUCACGAACGCAAAGAUGCCUCUGAAAAAUGAAGCACUGGGGCAGCAGGUUGAGUUGCAGAGGAGUCGAGGCCUCGGCGAGUCACGGAAGAUGUUUGGCGCAUUAGCGGGAGCUUGCUCAUGUGUACGCGUCCAAGCCUUUGAAUAAUUGAUGGGGAUGGUGAGUCCCGCGCGUGUACACAGGCUCCAUCUGUGACCUUAGUUGAUAACACUCGACCCUGUCCGUGGAAUCGGUAGCUUACGGAGCAGUUUUCACACAAGCAAUACAGCUAGCCUGAAAACUCGACACAAAGAGGUUUCUUUAGCUGCGACUGUAAAGCCAAAAGAGUGUUCGCAUCGCAGUGGAUAUGUCUCCAUGGUAGCGGUUUUUCCACAAGGUCCACGAGAAGAACUGAUCGUGGAGAAAUGCACUGUUGCAUGAUCCUUGUUGUGUUUAUAUAGUAGAAGACAAUGGACUCCCUCUGCUGAGAUUAAUUGUUCAAUGUUCUACACUAUUCACAGAGUCAGGCGAGAAGAUUAAUACCACUGAUCACAAAGCUACACGCUGUAGCUGGUUAGUUUAGCUUAGCAUAAGAUGACAAACAAGGCUUACUGGCAUCUCUGUUUUUCUUGCUGAAGGUUAGCUAAAAGGAAAUAUAAGGACACUCAUGUCUGUAAAGUCAACUUUAAACUACAGACUUUAGCCAGUUAGCUUAAUGUAGCAUGUUACUGUGAAAAUCAUGGUGAAUUUGGAGACGAUGCAAAAUUAAAAAUUGUCAAAUCAAUAGACGUACCAGUGGGCUCAAACUGUUAUUCUUUUAGUGAGCUCUGUUUGCUGGUUAGCUUAGCCUAGCCUAAAAAAGGGCAAACUGGUGGGAAAAGCAGCUAGCACUCUCAGUAAAUAUGCUAGCAGUUUAGCUUAGGAAAACAAGAUGUUGGUAGGUUCCCUGAGAAGGAGUCUGGCAUGUCUGAACUAUCAACUACUAUUAUUUGUACAGUUUGGUUUUUCUAUAAUUUACAGACUACAGGGAUGUCAAACACAUUUUAGCUUUGGGGCCACAUUGAUUGUAAACGAGCUGGACCAGUAACAUACAGAAUAAUAAACUAUAAUGACAACCGCAGAUGUUUUCCAUUUGUUUUCAUACAAAGAAAAACAACUAUAAGAAAAAAUGAAAUUUCUUGAAAAAAGUAAGUGAUUUGGGCACAUUGCUGUUGUCUAUUGUUUAAUACUGGGUCUCAGAGUUGUGUUCUGUCCAAUUCUUUUUCUAAAACAGUGGACAAAUUAGGGAAAGAAGUUGUUUUCUUUGAAAAGUUGCAGUCUUUUAUGUAAUUUUCACUUUGGAAAUUCAUGCUGCGGCCCAGAUGAGACCCUCUGACGGGCCGUGUGUUUUUUUGUGGUUUUCUUUUGACAGCUCAUAUGCUAAGCUAGCUAGCUCCAGGUUUACUGUACAAAUAUGGUAGUGGUGGUAUCGAUCUUCUCAUCAAACUCUCAAGUAUUUGAGUAUUUCCCAAAAUAUCACAGUAUUUAUCCCAAAUUGUCUUUUUUUUUUGCCUGUUGGACCUUAACACACACCAAGCCAUGUUUGAACUGAAUGUUCUCUUUCUGCACAUUUUUAAAGAAAAAGCCUGCUUCUUCAUAUUAUACACUUUACACUUUAUCAACACAACCCACUACACCAAGCACUCGCAAUAUGUAUCUGCUCUAUCACAAAGUGUAUACCUGCACCAGUGAUGUUUUCUUAGAUUUGUUUUCCAACGAUGCGAUGGAAUGAAUUUUAUCAAUAUAUGGUGAUUCUCCUCAGACGAGGUGAAUCGAUGCACACCGACUGUUAACUCCUGCACAACUUAUUUGCUUUUUUUUUCUCUUUUCUUUUCUUUUUUCUUUAUCUCCGUGUGUAGAAACUGCCAUCGUUCUUGUUGUAAAUGGUGUUUACUGACAAAUUGCGUUCUUGUGCUGUUGUUGUUUGACAGUUGUGUACAGUUGAGGCGCUCUGCAGAGUGAUCGGUGUGACUGGAAGACUCUGCAGACGUCUGGUUAUAACUAAAUAAAGAUUUUUGGCAGCUGUUUGUAA